AGGGUGGAUUGAGAAACUUAUCAUCAUUUCCGGUUAUCAGCCAUACGUCACGCACAACGUCAGAAAAUACAUGUGCUAUUUUAUAAUGUGGCUCAACUACUCAAUAAAUCAAGGCAAAAGUUCUGCCAAGUUUCUUAGUUUGGUCGUCAUCACGGCGCUGUGCCACUGUAUUUCAGCUGCCUCAAGACCAGAAUGCAGUCGUCCUUUAGGAAUGGAAGAUAAGAGAAUCAAAGACUGGCAGCUCAGUUCAUAUUCCAGUGAUACAGGAUAUUAUGCAAACAAUGCAAGACUAAAUAACAAUAGAGCUUGGUGCAGUGAUAGUGAAAAACAAUGGACAGAAUAUCUCCAAAUCCGUUUAGACAGAGUAAGGCACAUAUCUGGUAUUGCUACUCAAGGGUACGCUUCUAGAUUCUUUGGUACAUACUGGGUGUUUCGUUACUCUAUCAAAUACAGUUAUGAUGGACGUGUUUGGUACUGGUAUAAAGAUAAUAUGUCGGCUAUUAUUAAGGACUUUGUUGCCAAUAAAGAUGCAACUACUGUGAAGAAGGUAGUKUUGCGUGAUACAUUUGUCACCAAAUAUUUGAGAAUCUAUCCAACAAGUUUCAAGGAUGAUAUGUGCAUGCGAGUAGAACUUUAUGGGUGUUCAAAUGACAAAGACUGCACUUUCAUGUUGAACAAGCCAUCUGGAGUUAUCAGUUCACCUAACUACCCAUUCCCCUACACAAUGGGAAUUGACUGUACCUGGAUAAUCAAAUUGAGUGACACAUCCAAGAAGGUUACAAUGUUCUUCAAGUACUUUGAUGUCAAUAAUGGCACGUCAAAAGGUUGUCAAGGUGAUUUUGUUAAAGCAAUCAAUGGGAUCUUGGACACUUCACCAUCUCUUGGUCGUGUGUGUAAUGGAGUUCAUAUACCCAUCUUUAAAUCAACUGAAAAUUAUCUAAGACUUCACUUUCAUUCUGACAAGAGUAACUCUGCCAGGAAGGGAUUCCAAGCUUCUUUCUAUUCAGGUGAUGUUCUCACUGCUACAGCAUGUAGUGGCUCAACUGUCAGUCUUGAUUGUUCAUCAUCAUCCAAGUCUAUCAACGUCCUGCAUGCAAUGUAUGGUAUUCUACCAUUUUCAUCUAAAUGUGGAAAUCCAGUGUCCAGUAAGCCAUGUAUUGCAUCAGAUACACUUCAAAAGGUAAUGACAAUGUGCGAAUAUUAUAAAGUCUGCAAGGUCUCUACCUUUCACUCUAGUCUGUCAUGUCAAGCUGGUCAACUGCCUUAUAUGGAAGUUUAUUAUCAGUGUUCUGGGAAUGUCAUYAAAACACCAGCACCAUAUAGCAGCACUACCAUUGCACCUUAUAGCACUUCUUCUCCUCCUCCUGCCACCAUGACUAAUCCUUCCACCUCACCAACAAUAGACACCACACCAUAUAUUUCUACAAUUAAACCAACAUUUGCAACAACGACAUCUCAUCCUGCUGUAAUCAAUACUGGAACUACUGCAAAUAAAGGCUCUGAGCCACCAGGACAGAAUGGAGGAGAUACUUUGGCUUCUGUAAAGGAAAACAACAAUACAGGAAUGGUGGUGGGCAUCGUUGUAGGUCUUCUCGCCCUCAUUGUCAUCGUUGUCGUCGUCUUAGUUUGCUUCUUGUAUCGACGAAGUAAGAAACAAAAUGAAAAGCCUACAGCUGGCGUUACGUACACAGCACCUCGUAAUUCACUCAGCGUGGCACCUUCAAGAAGUGGACGGUCACAAACUAAUGCCUAUGAAACAGUCAACGUUCUGUACGUAAGUGCUGACGAUCCCACUCUUAAAGAACCAGAGCAUAUCUAUGACAGUCCAGAAUUCCAAGAACCUUUACCAAAGAUGACCGAUAACCCACUCUACCAUGCUUUUGAUAAUAAAGAUCCGGCUUAUGAAAACGUUGAUAAACCCAAGGUACCUUCAUCGUUACAUCCAGCAAUAUACGAUAAACCAAAGACCAAUGAAAAGACAACUGCAGCAACAUCUAUAUCCAACCCCAAUUAUGGGAAAAGCAUAGAGGUGAUAUCGGAGAAAUAGCUUGGUAAUCUUUAUAUGUACGGCUAAUCCUUAGCGGAUAAAUGAUGAUUGUCAGCAAGAUGGUUGUGGAGAGAAGACUGAUGUCGACAAAAAUUAGAAAAAAUUAGACUUUAUCAGGGUCGAUUUAUAUUUUAUCUAACAUGAGGAUUCUCUUUUUUUAGUUUUCGCCGAAUUUCUCUAUUGUAUUUCACAAUGAAGCUUUUAAAGAUUUAUCGYAACGUAAUUUAUAAAUUUUAAAUUUUAACUGGGAUUUUAUUGCGUAAUUAUAUAGAAGAUGAUCCCAUAUUUUAACUGGGAUUUUGYUGCGUAAUUAGAAGAUGAUCUCAUAUUUAAGAGUAGGUCUCUGGUCUGUUGGUGCUAAAAUUUUCAUUUUUAACGUUAAACGUUAUGUGAUGUAAAAAAAAUAAAUAUUACGUGGAAUAAAUGCUAUAUUUUCUGAUGGCAA